AUGGAUGAACCGAACAUCCCAUGGGUCGUGCCUUGCCACCUCAAACGAGAAGGUUCUUCGGAGAGCGUAUUCGCAGCCUCCUCUGGAGCCGCAAUUGAUUCCCACCUCCUGAGGUAUUCUGAUGAAACUGGCAACUGGAGAGGACUUGCGCCAAUUCCUGAUAUAAGUCUUGAGAAGCUUGAACAACGGCUCCCAGGCAAUGAUAAAGCUGGAUUCCUGCACUUCGUUGAGGCAGAUGCUCUGCUGGGUCCCUCUGAGGAGCGACCAACCGCAGAGGAGGCUGUAACUCUAUGA